UUGGCCGUCGACGUUUGGUGGUGGCCGUGCUGGGCGUUUUUCAUUCGAUUAAUCAGGAACCGCAGUGGUUUUAUAAUUUGUGAGUAACUCAGUUCAAUUUCUCAGCAUUGAAUGCUUGGAUUUUUAGUGAUCACUGGAGAUUUUGUCUCAGAUCUGCCCUGACAUUGGGAAGUUCAUUUACAAUCUGUGGUCUGAAUGGGGGCAUAGUUUUAUAUGCUUACAAAUGCGAGAAUUGGACGAGGCAUGCACCUUGACCUGGUGCCAUCGCCGGCGGCGCUGAGCCCGGCCGCCGGCAUGGAGGAGGCCGAGGUGGUCAACGAGGGCUGGCUCAUCAAGUCACCACCGCAGAAACGUUUCCCCAGAGCGAAGUGGCGGCGGCGCUACUUCCUGCUGCGCCGUUCCGGCGCGCUGCCCGCGCAGUACGUGCUCGAAUACUUCAGCGACGAGAGCAAGCGCAAGCUCAAGGGCAAGAUCGAGCUGGACCAGUGCGAGCAGGUGGACGCCGGCCUGACGCUGGACUCGCGCAAGCACCAGUACGACUUCAUGUUCGACAUCCGCACGCCCAAGCGCACCUUCUACCUGGCGGCCGAGUCAAAGGCGCUGAUGGAGCGCUGGGUGGACUGCAUCUGCCGCGUCUGCGGCCUCAAGGUCUAUCCGCGCGACGGCAAUGACGACGGUUCGGCGCCGCCGCCGGCGCCCGUCAACUGGGAGACGUACCCUGGCCAGUCUCAGCACACGCGGAGCAACAGCAUGCCGGAGACGGUCAAGGGCGGCGUCAACAAGGCUGAGCAGCUCAAGCAGGGACCGCCGCGGCCGCCCAAGCCGCCCCAUCUACAGGGCCAGGAGGCGGCCUCCACGCACAACUACCAGAACUUCGAGGAGCUGCGCUCGCCGCGCCUCUCGGACACCGAGUCGGCCACGCCGCGCACGCCCACCACCGUGCCGGCCGACGACAUGUACGACUUCCCGCGGCCGCUGGACCGCACCAGCGGCCGGCGCCGCAACUGCUACGCCGGCGCUGCGCCCGGCCAGAUAUUUAACUACGACUUCUCGGAGCGGCCGCCGCCGGCACCCGUCGUCAACCGGACGCUCAAGCCGCGAAAGGCGUACCACUACACGGACGGCGGACGGCCGCUCCACGAGGUGCAGUACCUGGACCUGGACCUGGGCGAGACGGGCGAGACGGGCUCGCCGCGCUCGCCGGCCAAGACGCCGCUCGGCCGCGAGGCCUCCACUGGCACCGUCUACAAGACUGUCGACUUCGUCAAGACGGAGGCGUUUAACAAGACGCGCCAGAGCGUCGAGCUGGAGCGCACCAAGACGGACGGGCCGGCGCCGCUCUCGCGCAGCUCCGUCGACGUGAGCCGGCGCGGCGAGACGUAAAGUGGCGCGGCGCGGCGUGGAGCGGCGCAUCGAGGACAGUCGCCGCUCGGCGGCGGCGUUUGUUGCAGAUAUUAGCGGCGGUGGAUGCGGCUGCUGGAGUGAGGCGUCGGGCCGCGACGCGCCGGAUGGGUGGCGCGUGCGCCGAGGUUACCAGGCGGGUGGCCGGCUGAUGGAACCGACACAUAUCCCUCUGCCUUAUGUACCGCUUCUGUUGAACUUGACGUCCGGCCGGUGAGUGGGACGACCGCCGUGACGAGAUUUGUGAAAUACCGCCUGUUGUUGCGUCGAGGCCGGUUUAUCGGUGACCACGGCCG